AAAUGGCCGCCGAUCAGGAAAGCAUGUGCACAUGUCAUGCUUGCUUGGGUAUCAGAGUCAUUAUUGACAGCGCUCUCAAAGUUCUAGAUCUUUACAGAUGGAUGCUGGAUUCUUACAUAAUCGACUUCUUCCAAGACAACUUGUGGGACAGAUUGCCCCGGCCCUGGGCGAAAAUCCUGGAGAAUGUGGCGCUGGAUGAAUUGGGGUCGUGGAUUCUUCGGGAGCGAAGACCUCGGCAUGUCUGGCCAUUAUCGCUAAUUGCGCUUCGACGAUCGAUCGAUCUAUUGAGUAUCAAUCGAGAGCCAACGGCGAGGACUCGAUUCACCUGCAAGUUGUCUCAACGGGAUCCUAAAGAAUCAGUUAAAACGUGCGAGACCUUGAUCACCAAAGACAAACGUCUCGACAAAUUUGAGAAUUUAUUCAAGAAGCACGUUAAGCAGAAGAAACGCUACGAGAUCGAGAAAUUCUCGGAGAUAGUCGCCCGGUGUUCCGAAUUAUCCAACAGCAGUUGCAUCGUCGACACUGGUGCUGGCAUUGGUCACUUGGCUCGUGAAUUGGCGUACAAAUAUCAACUCGCGGUUAUCUGCAUAGAACAGGAUAAAUCACUCUCAGAGUUGGCGCGAAAAUAUGACGAGCAAUUUAUGAAGAAAUUCAAGACACAUUUAGCCGGGUUUUGUGGUGUACCACCCUAUCAUUUGUGCGCUAAAAUAGUCGAUGAAAGUUGCACGGGCGAUGGGUUACCAGCUGUGUUUAGAGGAAUAUUGCGGGAUUAUUUUUCACAGCAAUCAAAUGACAAUGGGUUUGGUUUGAUUGGAUUGCAUCCGUGUGGUGAUUUAGCUGCGAGAUUGCUCAAAUUUUAUGUUGGACAGCAGAAUGCUAAGUUCAUCAGCGUCGUUGGAUGCUGUUAUAUGAAGCUAACUAUCAACGAGGAUAGGACGACCAGCGCCCUGGGCUAUCCUCUGAGCAAAUACGUUGAAAGGAAUAGUAGCCAUUCACUUAGUUAUGCUGCUCUAGAGGUGGCCUGCCAUGCCGUCGAGAAUUACUGUGAUAAAAUGAAGAGUAAUGAGUAUGACGAUCUUAAAGUGCACGCGUACAGGGCCACUUUGGAGAAGAUUUUAGUGAACAAGGGCGGGGACGUCAUGAGGCGUGGGAGAGUCGGAAGCGUGAAAGUCAAUGGUCGGAUGAGUUUUCAGGAGUAUUGCAGACUAGCUACAGAGAAACUUGACAUUAAUAGGCGAGUAAAUAUAUUAGAAAUAAAUCAUACGGAAAUAGAGGGGUGUUUAGCAAAGUGGCGUCAUGUUGCGGCAUUCGAGGCACUGAGAUUCAUGCUAGCUCCACUCGUAGAGACUGUUAUUUUGCUGGACCGAUUUUUAUUCCUCUCAGAUAAUCACUUCAGACCGGUGUUGAAGGCGGAAUUCAAUCCUAGAUUAUCUCCCAGAAAUUUCGUGCUCACUUCAAUUAAAUGAUGGCUAUUAUUGAUUUUUGUAAUUU